AUGUCAGAAGAUAAUAAAAGAAAAUCAAAGGGUUCAACAGCCACUGAAGAAAGUGUUAAAAAAGCCAAAGCAGUUGCCGAGACCAAUGUAGAUUUCAAAGCACCAUUGGUUGAUACUUUCCAAGCUCCAAAUGACGGAAAUGCACUCCUCCUCAAACUCAUUCACACUCGUGUCAUGUCGGUCAAGACUCGAGAAGAAAUCAUCUAUUCUGCUCAACGUGAUGAUAAUCUUUGUUUGGUAUUCAAAGGUUUAGCAACUAAAAGAUUUUUAUCUGUUCCUGUAUUUACUCAAGGUGAAAAACAUAAAUGGUUAUCAUUUAUUGAUUUAUCUGAUAUUGUAAGUUAUGUUACACAAAACUUUACAGAAGCCAAGAUGAAGGAGUCGGAAUUGAAGGGAUUCUGGCAUUUGGCCGAUGAAGAAGAAGCAUUCAAGAAAUUAAAGGUUAAUGAUGUGAUGCCAUUCCCAACCAAGGAGAACAAGUUCCAUCCAAUCACCUCUGACUAUUCAUUGUUUUCAGUGGUAGAAAUUAUGGCUCGUGACCCACAUGCUCAUCAUAUUGCUGUAUUGGACAACAUGACUGAUCGUAAAUUGCUCUCAAUUUUGACCAACUCUCAAAUUAUCAACUUUAUCUACUCGCAUAUCAACCUUUUGGGUUCGAAAAAGGAUUUGCUUAUCAAGGAUUUCCGUGGAUUGGGUAGUGAAGUAUUGACCAUCCAAGAGUCAAGUCUCGCCAUUGAUGCCUUCAAGUUGAUGCAUGACAAGCAAGUCAGUGGUUUGGCCAUUGUAAAUGCCCAAGGUAGUUUGGUAGACACCAUCUCUACUCGUGACCUCAAGGGUAUGGCUACCGACGGAUCUCUCUUUUGGCGUCUCUACAAGCCAGUCUCUGACUUUAUCGAGUACCUCAAAAACGAUAGAACCACCCUUCGUCCACGUAACCCAGUCUUUUGUCUCGAGGAUGAAACCUUUGAAAGUAUCCUAACAAAGCUCUACACCAAUCAAAUCCAUCGUAUCUUUGUAGUUGAUUCGGUCUCUUCCCAAAAACCAAUCAAGGUCAUUUCAAUUGGUGAUUUACUUCUUCAAGUUUUACCUUUCUAA